AUGGGCGUCAGCGACAGCGAGAAGUAUGCCUCCGAUCUGGACAACCAGUCUCCCAUUGGGGGCACGCCGCCGAUUGGGGACAUCGAGCUGGGCGAGGGUGGACUGAAGAGAAGUCUGAAGGGCAGACACAUGCAGAUGAUUGCCAUCGGUGGUUCCAUCGGCGCUGGUCUGUUCGUUGGUUCUGGUAGCGCUCUGAGCAGUGGUGGUCCGGCUUCUCUUAUAAUUGACUUUAUCGUCAUUGGUAUCAUGUUGUUGCUCACUGUCAAUGCCCUUGGAGAGCUUGCUGCUCUGUACCCUGUCGCUGGUUCCUUCUACAACUACUCAAUCCGGUUCAUUGACCCCGCAUGGGGCUUUGCCAUGGGCUGGAACUAUGCCAUGAACUGGUUGAUAGUCUUGCCAUUCGAGCUCACCACCGCCGGUAUCACAAUCGCCUUCUGGACCGACCCAAACAACACUGGCACUCCGUCCAUCAACGUCGGUGUCUGGAUCACAAUCUUCCUGCUCAGCGUCGUUGUUGUCAACAUCUUCGGUGUCCGCGGCUAUGGUGAGGUCGAGUUCGUUCUUGGCCUGAUCAAGGUGACUGCAAUUAUCGGUUUCAUCCUCCUCGGUGUUAUCAUCGACUGCGGCGGAGUUCCCACUGACAACAGAGGCUACAUUGGCGCCCACUACUGGCACGAGCCAGGUGCAUUCCGCAACGGCUUCAAGGGUUUCUGCUCCGUGUUCGUCACUGCCUCCUUUGCCUUCGGUGGAACUGAGCUGGUGGGUCUCGCCGCAGCAGAAGCCGCCAACCCAAGAAAGACAAUCCCCAAGGCCACUAAGCAAGUGUUCUGGCGUAUCACCCUCUUCUACGUGAUCUCGCUCUUCCUUCUCGGCCUCAUCGUCCCCUCCGACAACGAGAACCUCUCCCAAGCCUCCGGUGGUAACACCAGAUACUCUCCCUUCGUUUUGUCUUUCCAACUUGCUGGCAUCAAGGCUCUCCCUUCAAUCUUCAACGCAGUCAUCACCCUCUCCGUCCUCUCCGUUGCCAACUCCUGCACCUUCGCCGCCACGCGAACCGUGCAAGCCCUCUGCGCACGUGGCAUGGGCCCCGCGAUCGGUGCCCGCGUCGACUCCAAAGGCCGUCCCUACGUAGUCCUCAUUGUCACCCUGCUCUUCGGUUGCCUGGCCUACAUCAACGAAGCCUCGACCGGAAGCACCAUCUUCACCUGGCUGCUGUCCAUCUCCGGGCUGUCCAACUUCUUCACCUGGGGCAGCAUCUGCUUCGCGCACAUCCGCUUCCGCAAAGCGUGGGCCAUGAACGGCCGCACCACCGACGACCUGCCGUUCGCGGCCAUGUUCGGCACCAUCGGCUCCUGGAUCGGUCUCGGGCUCAACAUCCUCUGCCUCAUUGCCCAGUUCUACGUCGCGCUGUUCCCUAUCGGAGGCAAGCCCAACGCCGAAGCGUUCUUCGAGUCGUAUCUCGCUGCGCCGGUCGUGAUCAUGUUCUUCGUCGGCUACAAGCUGUAUUACAGACAAUGGUCUCUCGGCGUCAAGCUCUCGGAGAUCUCGAUCGACGAGGGACGACGAGAGGUUGAUCUCGAUGCGUUUAGAGCCGAGCUCGAAGCGGAGCGCGCGGAGAAGGCGACGUGGCCCUGGUGGAAAAGGACGUGGGAUUUCUGGAUGUAA